UUGUUGACAGAUCCAGUCAAUUCCGUGGGCCGCAAGCUGAUCCUCGUUACGCAUCUCCUUUCCCGUUCUCCACUCUCCAGUUUCCGCGCCUGCUCCAAAGUUGGAAGCACCCGUCAUGGUCUCUGCCGAAGCAGACGGCUCCGGACGCAAAACUUAAUGGGCAGCAAACCAUUCAGGUUCCACAAUGUCAGUGGCAGUUAUUGGUGGUGGAAUCAGUGGGCUUGCUGCUGCAUACAAGCUAAAGUCAAGUGGUCUAAACGUGACCCUAUUUGAAGCUGAAAAAAGAGCAGGUGGGAAAAUAAGAAGCGGUUCUGAGAAUGGUCUUAUUUGGGAUGAAGGGGCAAAUACUAUGACAGAAAGUGAAUGGGAGUUGGGUAGAUUGAUUGAUACUCUUGGUCUAAGAGAAAAGCUGCAAAUACCUAAAGCUCAAAGCAAGAGGUAUAUUGUGAGGAAUGGAACACCACAGUUGAUUCCAACGAAUCCAGUAGCACUGCUCACCAGUAAUUUCCUUUCUGCACAAUCAAAGGUCAAAAUACUGCUAGAGCCACUUUUAUGGAAGAACUCUGUCAGAAAGCAACCAUCAGAAAUGAGUCAAGUGACUGAACAAAAUUUGCAAGAAAGUGUGGGGCAUUUCUUUCAACGUCAUUUUGGAGAAGAGGUUGUUGAUUAUCUAAUUGAUCCUUUUGUGGCUGGCACUAACGCUGGAGAUCCAGAGACACUGUCUGUACGCCAUGCAUUUCCAGAAUUAUGGAAUAUUGAAAAGAAAUUUGGUUCACUCUUAAUUGGAGCCAUCCGGUCCAAGAAAAGCAGCAAACCCAAAGAUAAUGAGGCCAAAUAUGGAAAGAAAAGGCAACGCGGUUCAUUUUCAUUUUAUGGUGGAAUGCAGACUCUGACUGACAAGCUUUGUGAGGAAGUUGGUGUUGGAAACGUGCAACUGAACUCAAAGGUUUUGUCAUUAUGUUGUAGCUACAGUGGUAGCUCUCCGUUGACUAAUUGGUCAAUCUCUUAUGGAGCAAAUGAUGGAAAAAAUGCUGUGAAAAAGGAUCAGCCUUUUGAUGCAGUCAUAAUGACGGCUCCACUUCGCAAUGUUCAGGAGAUGAAAUUCAUGAAAGGAAAAAACAAAUUUAUGCUGGACUUUCUUCCUAAGAUAAAUUAUUUGCCAUUAUCCGUCUUGAUUACUUCUUUUAAAAAGGACACAGUUAAAAAGCCAUUGGAAGGUUUUGGAGUUCUUGUCCCUUCUAAGGAACAAAAAAAUGGCUUGAAGACUCUUGGUACACUCUUCUCUUCCAUGAUGUUUCCUGACCGAGCUCCCUCUGAUCAAUAUCUCUAUACAACUUUUGUUGGGGGAAGUCGUAAUAAAGACCUAGCAGGAGCAUCAGUUGAUGAGCUGAAAGAAAUUGUGGCCUCGGAUCUGAGGAAAUUGUUGGGUACAGAUGGGCAACCAACCUUUGUAAAGCAUAUCUACUGGAGAAAUGCUUUUCCAUUAUAUGACCUUGACUACGACUUAGUCAUCAAAGCUAUAGAAAAGAUGGAGGCUAAUCUUCCUGGUUUAUUCUAUGCAGGCAACCACAGAGAUGGACUGUCCGUUGGAAAAGCAAUAACUUCUGGGGUCAAAGCAGCUGAUCGUGUCGUUUCUUAUCUCAACAUUGGUAGUAAGCAGGAUGCCUGAUGUUACAUAUUAUGGCAGACUUCAAACUGUUCAGAUACUGUAAAAAAAUAUAUUCUGUUUCAUCUCUUCAUCGUGUCUUGAGUUUUGAUUAUGGAAUUAAAAAUAGGAAAUGAUAUUCAUUCUUUUGGUGCCUUCCAAA